CAAUUUCCGGUUUCGAAACUCGUAACCACCUCCACUCUCCCCCAAACCAACGGGUUACACAUCCCAACAGUCAGUUAGAACCACGCUUUAAUUUACCAAAACACCCCUACUCAAAAUCAUCAUCAUUAUUUUUUAUAAAAUUAUGCAAAACCCAUUGUUAUCAUAUAAAUUGCCAUACGUGUCCCCAUUUCCACAAUCUUUCUUCUCAUCUGAGUGUCUCUCGCUCAUCAUUAGACCCAAAAGGCAAAGACCAAGAAAAGGAGGAGAGUGGACUAGAAGAAGAAGCAGUAGCAGUGGUAGUAGAAGUGGUGGCGAUAGAGGUAGGGUCAGGGCAAUGCCUGGUUCAUCGUUUGGGAGUGAGGAUAAUGGCUCUCUGCGUAGCUUCAAGCUGAACGAGUCCACUUUUUUGGCUUCACUCAUGCCUAAGAAAGAGAUUGGUGCCGAUCGCUUCGUCGAAGCUCAUCCUCACUACGAUGGCCGAGGCGUUCUCAUCGCUAUCUUUGAUUCGGGGGUGGAUCCGGCUGCUGAUGGAUUACAAGUUACAUCCGAUGGAAAGCCAAAAAUAUUAGAUGUUCUUGAUUGCACGGGGAGUGGGGAUGUUGAUACCUCAAAAGUGGUAAAGGCUGAUGAAAAUGGCUGUAUUUCUGGAGCUUCAGGUACUUCUCUGGUUGUCAAUUCUGCAUGGAAGAACCCUUCUGGUGAGUGGCAUGUGGGUUAUAAAUUUGUAUACGAGUUGUUCACUAGUGAUUUGGCUUCUCGCUUGAAGAAAGAAAGAAAGAAAAAAUGGGAUGAAAAGAACCAGGAGGAAAUUGCUAAGGCUGUUAAGAAUCUUGAUGAGUUUGAUCAGAAACACAUCAAGGUGGAGGAUGCAGACCUGAAAAGGGUUCGUGAGGACCUCCAAAACAGAAUUGAUUAUCUACGGAAGCAAGCUGAUAGCUAUGAUGACAAAGGGCCAAUUAUAGAUGCUGUUGUAUGGCAUGAUGGAGAUGUAUGGAGGGUUGCCUUGGACACACGGAGUCUUGAGGAUGACCCAAACUCUGGGAAGCUUGCUAAUUUUGUGCCCCUAACUAAUUUUAGGACAGAGCGGAAGUUUGGUAUUUUUAGCAAAUUAGAUGCCUGUACGUUUGUUGUUAAUGUGUAUGAUGAAGGGAAUAUCUUAAGUAUUGUGACAGAUAGCUCCCCUCAUGCCACUCAUGUUGCUGGUAUUGCUAGUGCUUUCCACCCUAAGGAGCCCUUGUUGAAUGGAGUUGCACCUGGUGCACAGUUGAUAUCUUGUAAAAUUGGGGAUUCACGCUUAGGUUCAAUGGAGACAGGAACCGGCCUCACUCGAGCUUUAAUAGCUGCUGUGGAGCACAAAUGUGAUCUGAUCAACAUGAGUUAUGGAGAACCUGCUUUAUUGCCAGACUAUGGACGCUUUGUUGACCUUGUUAAUGAAGCUGUAAACAAGCACCAUUUGAUAUUCGUAAGUAGUGCCGGUAAUAGUGGUCCAGCUUUGAGCACCGUUGGAGCACCUGGUGGUACCACUUCUAGCAUUAUAGGAGUUGGUGCAUAUCUCUCUCCUGCAAUGGCUGCUGGUGCUCAUUGUGUUGUUGAAGCUCCGUCUGAAGGGCUUGAAUAUACAUGGUCCAGCCGAGGACCAACGGCUGAUGGAGAUCUUGGUGUCUGUAUAAGUGCUCCUGGUGGGGCUGUUGCUCCUGUUCCUACAUGGACUCUCCAACGACGUAGGCUUAUGAAUGGAACAUCAAUGGCAUCACCAUCUGCCUGUGGGGGAAUUGCAUUACUCAUAAGUGCAAUGAAGGCUGAAGGCAUUCCCGUGAGUCCUUACAAUGUUAGAAAAGCUCUUGAGAAUACAUCUGUUCCUGUCGGCAAUUUACCAGAGGAUAAAUUAACCACUGGACAAGGGCUUAUGCAAGUUGACAAGGCACAUGAAUAUAUACAACAGUGCAGGAAUGUGCCAUGUGUUACAUAUCAAAUAAAAAUUAAUCAGUCUGGAAAAUCUACUCCUAUAUCACGAGGCAUCUACAUAAGAGAGCCUAGUGCUUGUCAACAAUCUACUGAGUGGACAGUGGAUGUUGAGCCAAAAUUUCAUGAAGAUGCAAGUAAGUUAGAUGAAUUGGUUCCUUUUGAAGAAUGUUUGGAGUUGCAUUCAAGUGGACCAGCAAUUGUGAGGACUCCUGAGUACCUCCUUCUUACUCAUAACGGGCGAAGCUUCAACAUUAUAGUAGAUCCUACUAAUCUUAGUGAAGGACUGCACUAUUGUGAAGUCUAUGCUGUUGAUUGUAAAGCCCCUUGGCGUGGUCCUAUUUUCAGAGUCCCAAUUACUAUAACAAAGCCCAGUGUUGUGAUUGAUCGACCUCCCUUGAUUAAAUAUUCGAGAAUGUCUUUUCUGCCAGGCCACAUAGAAAGGAGAUUUAUAGAGGUCCCACUUGGUGCUACUUGGGUUGAAGCAAGCAUGCAAACAUCAGGAUUUGAUACAUCAAGAAGAUUUUUUGUUGACACUGUUCAGCUUUACCCCUUGCAAAGGCCUAGUAAGUGGGAGAGUGUUGUGACAUUUUCUUCUCCUUCCGCCAAAAGCUUUUUCUUUCCUGUUGUGGGUGGCCAUACAAUGGAAUUAGCUAUAGCUCAGUUUUGGUCAAGCGGCAUAGGAAGCCAUGAAACGACUAUUGUUGAUUUUGAAAUUGUGUUUCAUGGAAUUAACAUUGACAAAAAGCGAGUAGUUCUUGAUGGAAGUGAAGCACCCAUCAGAAUUGAUGCUGAAGCUUUACUGGCAUCUGAAAGACUUGCACCUUCUGCUAUUCUAAAGAAGGUAAGAGUUCCAUAUCGACCCAUUGAGGCUAAACUUUUUACACUCACAAGCAGUCGUGACAAACUACCUUCAGGCAAACAAAUUCUAGCACUGAUAUUAACAUACAAGUUCAAAUUAGAAGAUGGAGCUGAAGUAAAACCUUACAUUCCAUUACUUAACAACCGCAUAUAUGACACUAAGUUUGAGUCUCAGUUUUAUAUGAUCUCUGAUGCAAACAAGCGUGUAUAUGCAAUGGGUGACUGCUAUCCUGAAUUUUCAAAACUUCCCAAGGGAGAAUACAGUUUACAAUUCUAUCUAAGGCAUGACAAUGUGCAGUAUUUGGAAAAGAUGAAACAAUUAGUGUUAUUCAUCGAGAGAAAAUUGGAAGAGAAGGAUGGAAUUCAAUUGUGCUUUUUUUCUAAACCUGAUGGCCCUUUGAUGGGAAUUGGUAGUUAUGAGCCAACAAUUUUAGUUCCUGGGAAGAAAGAAGCAUUUUAUGUUGGCCCACCCCCCAAAGACAAGCUUCCAAAGAAUUGUCCUCAAGGAUCUGUAUUGCUUGGAACGAUCUCCUAUGGAAAGCUUUCAUAUCUUGGGCAAGGACACGGAAAAGACCUGAAGGAUUACCCUGUGUCUUAUCAUAUUUCUUAUGUAGUGCCGCCAAAUAAGCCUGACGAGGACAAGGGAAAAGGUUCUUCUCCUACUUUAACCAAGUCUGUCUCUGAACGCUUAGAAGAAGAGGUUCGGGAUGCAAAGAUAAAAGUUCUUGCAAGUCUAAGACAAGAUUCCGAUGAAGAAAUCUCAGAAUGGAAAAAGUUAUCCGACUCUCUUAAGUCUGAAUACCCAAAAUACACUCCACUGCUUUCAAAGAUACUGGAAGGUUUGGUUUCUCGAAACAAUGUUGUGGACAAAAUCCAUCAUGAUGAAGAGGUUAUCAGUGCUGCCAAUGAGGUUGUUGAUAGUAUUGACAGAGACGAGCUAGCGAAAUAUUUUGGUAUCAAAAGUGAACCUGAAGAUGAGGAGGCAGAGAAAAUCAAGAAGAAGAUGGAAACAUCCCGUGAUCAAUUAGCAGAGGCACUUUACCAGAAAGGACUAGCACUUGUAGAGAUAGAAACUUUAGAGCGUAAGAAGACAGCAUCUGAAGGUGCAAAAGAUGUGGACGAAACUGUUGACCGUUCUAGACCAGACUCUGGUAUCCAGCCUGAUAAGUUUGAAGAGAACUUUAAAGAACUGAAGAAAUGGGUUAAUAUCAAGUCCUCUAAAUAUGGAACCCUCUUGGUUAUACGUGAGAGACGUAGUGGAAGGCUUGGAACUGCACUGAAGGUGGUGAACGACUUAAUUCAAGACGAUGGAGAGCCUCCUAAGAAGAAGCUAUAUGAAUUGAAGCUGUCUCUACUUGAAGAGAUCGGUUGGUCUCAUUUGGUGACAUACGAGAGACAAUGGAUGCAUGUGUGUUUCCCAGCCAAUUUGCCUCUUUUCUAGAGCUUUGCUCUAUUUUAAUGACACACAUAUCUCAUCAAAUAAGUGAGCCUGAUUCUGGGCCCAUUCUACUAGUUUGGUUUCUCUUUAAGGCAGGGAUUGCGGAAGGGCCUUCGCCUUACCCCAUAAAAAGGGAGGCCCAAGAAAAUUUCUAUGAAUAAAAUGUCAUAAUGUUUAUUUUAUAUUACAGUUUUAUUUUAUAUUAUAAUAAUAUACUUUUUUGAUUCCAUGAAA